AUGACUUCUGGAUUCGCCUCCCUGACCACCCAGCAGCUGAUUGAAGACUUGCCAACCGAAAUCGAAAAAGCAUCGACGCGCAUUGCAUCCCACGUUCUUCAAACUCCACUUUUGGAGUCGCCGUAUCUGGGUGGAGGAACCUGCCGCGUCUUUCUCAAAUUGGAAAGUGAGCAAGUAACGGGAUCCUUCAAGGCUCGUGGAUCUUUGAACAAGAUACUAUCGUUGCCGUCCACUGGUACCGGUACAACGACGCUCGUGACAUCCAGUACGGGCAACCAUGCCCAAGGUUUUGCACGAGCUGUGGGAAUCUUGGAGCAGAGGGGUAGCAGUGAUAGUGGUAGCAUGAGAGGUAUCAUUUACAUGCCGGAAACGGCACAACCGGCCAAAAUCAACGCGGUUCGACAAUGCUACCCUCACAUAAAACUAGAGUUUUAUGGUCAAGAUUGUUCGAAUACCGAAGAAUAUGCCCUCAAAAUGGCUCAGGAACACAAUAAUUACAUUUACGUUCCACCCUACAAUGACGUGCAUGUUAUUGCUGGACAGGGGACCGUCGGUUUGGAGAUUCUGGAACAAUCAUCACGACAAGCUGCAAUGAUCGACGUGGUUUUUGUCUGCAUUGGAGGAGGUGGACUCAUUAGUGGAGUAGCCGCCUACUUGAAGGCAAAACGUCCCGGAGUCAAGAUUGUGGGAUGUCAACCGGAGCGGUCGCCCGAAAUGUACCUCAGUGUUCAAAAGGGAGAACUGGUGUAUUUGGACAAUCCACAACCGACUCUGUCGGACGGAUCGGCGGGAGGGAUCGAAUCCGGAUCCGUCACAUUUCCCAUUUGUCAAGACCUUGUAGAUGACUACGUCCUGGUAUCGGAAGAGGAAAUUGCCGCGGCAAUUCGAUGGAUGGUGGACAAGCAUCAUAAAAUUAUAGAAGGUGCGGCCGGAGUGGCGUUGGCGGCCUUUCAAAAGAGUAUCCAGGCCAAGCCGCACGAGUACGAGGGGAAGAAUGUGGCCAUUGUCAUUUGUGGAUCCAACAUUGGAACGGAGGCUCUCACAACAAUCUUGACGACGACACCAGCAAAAGGAGAAGAAUCAUGA